AUCAUCACUGGUUGUACUAUAUCAGUGACAUUGUUUGCCCUGUCGAUGACCAUGCUUGUCAAGGCUGCAGAAGUGGAAUGCAGAGGGCCUCUCUCCAGAUCUGGCACUCGCCAACCGCCAAUUAGAGCCUUUAUGGAUGACCUGACAGUCACAGCAACAUCAGUGCCAGGGUGCCGCUGGCUCCUUAAAGGUCUCGAAAGGCUAACAUCUUGGGCGAGAAUGACAUUCAAGCCAGCUAAGUGCCGGUCCCUUGUCCUGAGGAAGGGGAGAGUGGAGGACAAAUUCCGCUUCCACAUGAAUGGUCUCCAAAUUCCAUCAUUGACAGAGAAGCUGGUGAAGAGCUUGGGGAAGCUCUUUGACGUGACUCUGAGAGACACAGCAGCAAUCCAGGCCAUGCACACGGAGCUGAAAAGCUGGCUUGCAGCAGAGGACGGGUCAGGCCUCCCUGAGAAAUUUAAAGCCUGGAUAUAUCAGCAUGGCAUCCUGCCAAGGCUUUUGUGGCCUUUGCUGAUGUAUCAGGUCCCAGUAACAACAGUGGAGACCCUGGAGAGAAACAUCAGCCAGUUCCUGCGCAGGUGGCUGGGCCUGCCGAAGAGCCUAAGCUGCAUUGCCCUGUAUGGGCACACCAACAAGCUGCAGCUCCCGUUCUCAGGCCUGACAGAGGAAUUCAAGGUAACCAGAGACAGGGAGGUGUUACUUUACCGAGACUCAGCCGACACCAGAGUCUCCUCUGCAGGCAUAGAGGUCAGGACUGGUCGGAAGUGGAGGGCGCAGGAGGCAGUCCAGCAGGCAGGGGUAAGAUUGCGGCACAGUGUGCUAGUAGGCUCUGUGGCAGUUGGGCGAGCAGGACUUGGCUGCCACAAGGCACUGCGCUAUGACAGAGCGCAGGGAAGGGACAGACGGCAGAUGAUUCAGGGCGAGGUCCGAGCAGAGGUGGAAGAGGAGCGGGGGCGCAGCAAAACGGUGGCCAUGCGUCAGCAGGGGGCCUGGACCAAUUGGGAGCAUGCACUGACUCGGAAAAUCACCUGGUCAGAACUUUGGAGGUCAGAGCCAGCAAGAAUAAAGUUCCUGAUCCAGUCAGUGUAUGACGUCCUACCGAGUCCAGCCAAUCUGCAUUGCUGGGGGCUAGCUGAAGCACCAUCCUGUCCCCUGUGCCCUGCAAGAGGAUCGCUGGAGCACAUCUUGAGCUGCUGCCCGAAAGCACUGGGAGAGGGGAGGUACAGAUGGCGCCAUGACCAGGUGCUGAAGGCAGUAGCGGACACCAUCUGUGCGGGAAUCCAGCAAAGCAAGCACCAGCCCUUAGCAAGGCCACACAUUGCUUUCGUCAGGGCCGGCGAGAAGCCUCAGUCACAGCCAAAGGUCCCAGCUGGGCUGCUAUCCACAGCAGGAGAUUGGCAGAUGAAGGUGGACCUGGGGAGACAACUGAAGUUUCCAGAGCACAUCACCAGCACCAAGUUCAGGCCAGACAUGGUAAUAACAUCAGAGAGUGCAAAGCAAGUGGUGCUACUGGAACUCACAGUCCCCUGGGAAGACCAGAUUGAGGAAGCGUUGGAGCGGAAAAGGGCGAAGUAUCUGGAACUGGUGGAGGACUGCAGGCUGAAAGGGUUGAGGGCCCGCUGUGAGCCAAUCGAGGUUGGCUGCAGGGGAUUCCCAGGACAGAGCCUGCACCGAUCACUCAGGCUGCUUGGAAUGGGAGGUGCUCAAGAAAGGAAAGCCACCAGAAACAUCUGCGAGGCAGUUGAGAGAGCCUCUAGGUGGCUAUGGAUCAAAAGGGGCGACACAUGGCUUAGUGCGCUGCUUGGACACAAGUUGGGGUCUGAUCAGCCCCGGCUGGGUCGCCCAGGUGAGGGUGUCUGA